CGCGACGACGACGACGACGACGACGCGACCGCGACGGCGCGCGGGGCGAAGACGCGGGCGGGUCCGGCGAGAAGGCGUCGACCGCGAUCGACGCGCGCGCGACCGGCGCGCGAACGACCGACGCGACGCGUGAACGACGAGGACGGACGGUGAAGAGGACGGGAUUCGGCGGCGGCGGCGAGGCGACGGGACGGCGUCGAUUGGAUUUGAUUGGAUUGGAUUCGAUUGAUUCGACGAGGAACGAGGACGCGAAUCGCGUCGAGCGCGACGCGAGAUGCCGCAGAAUGAACACAUCGAGCUGUUCCAGAAACGGUACGGGAAGCGAUUGGAUCAUGAGGAGCGGACGCGGAAGAAGGAGGCGCGCGAGCCGCAUAAACGGAGCCAGGUGGCGAAGAAGUUGAUAGGACUCAAGGCGAAGCUGUACGCGAAGAAGCGACACAAGGAGAAGGUGGAGAUGAAGAAGACGAUUAAUUCGCACAGUGAACGGAAUAAUAAGCACAAGGUGGAAGAAAAGGCGCAACCGGGGGCGAUACCGGCGUAUUUGAUGGAUCGCGAGCAGACGUCCAGGGCGAAGGUGCUGUCGAACACGGUGAAGCAAAAGCGAAAGGAAAAGGCGGGGAAGUGGGAGGUGCCUUUGCCCAAGGUGCGACCGGUGGCGGAGGACGAGAUGUUCAAAGUCAUGCGAAGCGGGAAACGAAUGAAAAAGUCGUGGAAGCGCAUGAUCACAAAGGCCACGUUCGUCGGUCCGGGAUUCACGAGAAAGCCGCCGAAGUACGAACGCUUCAUUCGACCGAGCGGUUUGCGUUUCACCAAGGCACACAUCACCCAUCCCGAGCUCAAGGCGACGUUUCAGCUGGAAAUUUUAGGCGUCAAGAAGAACCCGAACGGCCCGAUGUAUUCGUCUUUGGGUGUGCUCACCAAAGGGACGAUUAUCGAGGUCAACGUGAGCGAGCUCGGUCUCGUCACGCCGGGAGGCAAAGUCGUCUGGGGGAAGUACGCACAAAUCACGAACAACCCCGAGAACGACGGUUGCGUCAACGGCGUGCUAUUAGUUUAGUCCCUCGUACGCGUUGCGCUG